GAGGUUAAAAAUGAGAAAGAGCACAUCUCCUUGCGAUCUCAGAAACCUUCCUUGGCAAUACCCGCAUUUCCCUUGGAAAAAUCCUCUCUCCCCUUUUUUCCUUUGUUUUUUUGUUCUUCUUUCGUCCCAUUCUUAUAUCCAUCAAAUUUCCCUCCAUUUCACUGCUUCCACCAAAACCACCCCAUCACCGACGGUAUCACCCAGCCGACUCUUCUCUUUUCAACGCGUCUUCAUCAAUCACGCCCCAGAUUACUCUGCUACGGUUUUCUUCCUCAGCCAUGAAAAUCACUUUAAUGUUUUAACUCUCAACGUUGUUUCCUCUGAACUUGUGGACAUGGAAGUUCAAGAUCAAAAUGAGCAUAACCAAGAAAAGAAGAUGCUACCACCAACAAGAGGAACUUUUCAGUCUCGUGAAGAACUGCUCAAACAUGUCCGUGACUUUGCAUUGACCCAAGGAUAUAUGGUAUCCAUUAGGGAUUCUGCAAAGGAUAGGUAUGUGACUGUUGCUUGUGAUAGAGGUGGUGUUUAUCGUAAAAGGCUUAAGAAUGGUGAAAACAUGCGCCAAAGAAAGAAUGCUUCUCGCCUGACAAAUUGUCCUUUUGAAGUUGUGGGCAAAAAGGAUGAUGAUGUAUGGACACUCACGGUUAAAAAUGGAGAACACAAUCAUGAACCUUCUAAUACUUCUGACCAUCCUUCUUGCCGUCGUUUUACAGAAGAGGAGGUAUUGAUAAUAAGGGACAUGAGUGCGGCUGGAAAACGGCCACGCCAGAUCCUCAAGGCGUUAAGGCAAAGAAAUCCAAAUCUUGUAUCGGAUUCAAGGAAUGUUUACAAUGUCAAAGCUAAGAUCCGUCGAGGGAGUUUAUCAGGUGAGGACAUUCAAGAAAAAAAAGCUACAAAUUUGACCCUACUAAUUAAACCUCCAGUUUCUUUAGAAGGCAAGAAAGCGGAGGUGUCGUGUUCAUCAUCGACGGAGACGAUGAACACCAAUGGUGUUGCAGCGACAGUGACACAGGCUCAGCCAAUGGUGCAUAACAGCUUUGCAAUGUCACAGGCGUACGUGGAGAGCAAAGAAGUGACUGAGACAAAAGCUUUAGUGGCAGAGCUGUGCCAACAUUUUUAUACGCUUGGUUGGCUUGCGGGUACUGGGGGGAGCAUCACUAUUAGGGUGCAUGACGGCUCCAUUCCUAGACACCAUCAGCUCAUCGUCAUGUCUCCUUCUGGUGUUCAGAUGGAGAGAAUGGUAGCGGAGGGUAUGUAUGUGUUAUCUUCAGAUGGAUUUAUAAUGUCAACACCUCCUUUGAAGCUGUAUCCCUAUCAACCUCCAAAGUGCACCGACUGUGCUCCUCUCUUCAUGAAGGUUUAUGAAAUCUGUAAUGCUGGGGCUGUUGUCCACAGUCAUGGACUGGAGGCUUGUCUUGUUACAAUGAUCAAUCCUUUCUCAAAGGAGUUCCGAAUUACUCAUAUGGAAAUGAUAAAAGGAAUUCAAGGCCAUGGUUAUCAUGAUGAACUUGUGGUCCCAAUAAUUGAGAACACUGCCCAUGAAGGAGAGCUCACAGAAUCUCUUACAGAAGCGAUGAGAGCAUAUCCAAAAACAACAGCCGUACUUGUUCGCAACCACGGAGUGUAUAUAUGGGGAGAUUCAUGGAUCAGCACCAAAACUCAGGCUGAAUGCUAUCAUUAUCUUUUUGAUGCUGCUAUCAAGCUUCAUCAGUUGGGGCUGGACUGGUCCAGUCCAAAUCAUGGUCCCCUACGCAAUGUAAAUGGACUUUGGGGAUGUGCUGGGAAUUCCAGUAGGGGUCCAAAGGUGGGAACUUUUGGUCUGGAUUACAUGAUUGAGCCUUCUCAGCGUUGUCUACUCCUUACUGUUGAAGGGACAGUGACCCCUAUGUCAUUCGUGACUGAUAUUCUCUUUCCCUAUGCCCAUGAUAAUGUGCGAAAACAUUUAGCAAUGACAUAUGACACUGAAGAAACUCAGCAUGAUAUUGACCUGCUGCGCUCCCAAAUACAGGAGGAUCUGGAACAAGGUGUUGCUGGAGCUGUGCCUAUACCUCCAGAUUAUGUUGGGAAAGAGCUAGUGAUUGCUUCCUUGGCUGCUAAUGUUGAAGCUAUGAUUAACACUGACAGGAAGGUCACUUCCCUAAAACAACUAGAAGGUCGUAUAUGGAGAACUGGAUUUCAAAGCAAUGAGUUGGUUGCUGUUGUAUUCGAGGACGUACCUGAAGCUCUUGAGAAGUGGCAUGCUUCAGGCAUCAAGGUGUACAUAUUCGCAUGUGGUAGCAGGGAAGUACAACAACUUUUGUUUGCUAACUCUAACUAUGGGGACUUGAGAAAAUACUUGUGUGGGUUUUUUGAUACCACAGUGGGAAACAAACAAGUCGCGCAUAGUUAUUUUGAGAUUUUGCAAACUGUGGGAGUUGAUAGACCAGCAGACAUGUUAUUUGUAACAGAUCGCUUUCAGGAAGCUGAGGCAGCCAGGGCUGCAGGUUUGGAAGUGAUAAUCUCCAUCCGUCCAGGAAAUGGACCUCUCCCGCAGAAUCAUGGGUUUAGAACAAUUGCAUCCUUGUUGGAAAUAUAAGAACCAUGUUCUUUUUUUCUAUAAUCUAAUGAUCCAUUUCAUAAUUUGGUGUAAUGUAGUCAAGUCAAGCAUAUUUGUUCCUGUAUAUAGGGUUUUGCCCUUGUUAUUGGUUUUUAUCAUGUAGUUUCUGCAACCCAAGAACAGGAAGUUAUAUCACUUGCAUUUACUGCAUGUUUGGCUUAGCCAUUCCCCCCUUUA